AUGCCUGGGAUCGUCAUCAGCGCGUUGCUGGAAUUCACCCGGGCAUACCAGCAGAAGGCCCUGGCGCGGCUGGACCACAUAUCGAACGACGACGAGAGGAUAUACAAGAGGUACCUCUGGCUGUGUGCGAGUAUGGGGAGUGUGAGGACCUGGGAAGGCAGUGGUGGACUGAAGCUGCCACCAGUGAAGAGUAUGCCAGCGGAGGGCUGGGGCAAUGUGCCAGCCGAUGACGACACCCAGGGACGUGGCGAGGAGGACCUGGCUACCGGGGACCUCAUCACCAAGGGGAAAGGCAAGGAGAGAGCUGACAACGAUGUCGGGACAGGCAUGGUGGCUGCCCCAUCACUCCGAAAGCGCAAGGCGGUCAUCACAGAGUCGAGUGAGGAGAGUGAGAAUGAGGAGGCAGCUCCGAAGGCGAAGCGGAUGAAGCCGAUCGAGGUCGCAAAGGAGAAAGGUGAGGCCCCGACCACCUCUGGUCGAGUGCAGCGUGCGCAGAAGAGGAUGGCGCAGACUGAGGUGGAGGGCUUGAAGGUGAGCACGAAGAAGAGCGGGAAGAGGAAGGCGAAGGAGUCAAGCGAUGAAGAGGAAGUACUGACCGUCAAGCUGCCAAAGAAGAAGCGUGCGACGAAGGAAUACAAGAGCAAGGAGUUCAUUGAAAGCGAAGAUGAGACUCCGGCACCGCCUUCCAAUCUACCCGCCAAGACUGCAGGGGACUCUAACGAUGGUGUUGCGAAGACGAAUGCCCCUGCCAAACCUGUCAAACAGACAACGAGGAUGACGGCGAUGCCUCAUGUCGCACCGAAGGGGAAGGGGAAGGGGAAGGCAAAGGCGAUGGCGAAGGCGACGGCGAAGGUGAAGGCGAAGGUUGACGGUGACGGUGUUGCAGAAGGACAUAGUUGCUCGUCCCCUUGCGUUGGCUGCCAGGAGAAAGAGUGGCCAUGCAAGCUCAACACCGCCAACUUCGGUCGCUGCCUCGAAUGUGCAGCACAAGGUGUCAGUUGCAGCAUCGCGCCGAGGAACACAGACGGCGUGUCCCUGCGAGGAAACUCACACACCACACAGCGUGAGUUCCAAGAGAUGUGCGCAGCACUGGUGGUAGAGGGCAAGCCACUGCCCACAUCGCCACCUCCAUACGAUGUCAAGGUCGACUCCGAUGAGCCCGACGGUGCAGAACCCAUGGUCAUGGGAGCGUCGAAGUGCAAGCCGCUGAAGAAGACCAAGAUGCGCAAUGCUGCGGCAUCCAGCUCCAAGGUCAAGGAUGGCGAGGAGGUCGAGGCGACGAAGCAGAAGGUGACCGUCACGCCCGAUGAAGCCAACCCUGAAGGCGAGGCCUUGGUGAGAAAUCAUCGAAGUCCAAGCGCGCCACCAAGUCCGCCACCGCCACUGGAGCUGUGGCUCUGUCAAACUCUGGUGAGGUCACCAACUCUGGCGAGGUCUCCCAAGUCUGGCGCGCCUGCCAAGUCUGGUGCGGUCACCAAACCUGGUGAAGGUAAGAAGUCAGGACCCAAGCCAAAGCCGGUGAGGAGCCAAAACUCAGGUGUGCAAGAUGGUGGCGAGGUCACCAGGACCUCAGUACAUAAGGCGGAUGAGGUCCCGCCUGCCAAGUCUGUUGCGAAGGAGGGCGGGCAGAUGACAAGGGUGGCGAUGGGAGGUCACUCGGGCCCAAUGGUGCCCGUGAUCACCAAGGAAGGCGAAGAAGGCGAUGACAUGGAGGAAGCCGCCAGGCUGGCAAUGGAGGCGGUGCGGGCUAUGGCCUUCCAAACAGGGCCAGCUGCUCCGCCGCAAGCUAGCAGCAGCAAGCGCAUGCUGACACCAGUCGCCGAUGAACCAGAUGAUGCGCCAGAGUAUCAGGCAGAGGUGGUGGAGGAUGAGUGUGUGUCCUUGGAGCGGCCACACGACGAUCGGCAGUGUUCGCUGCUGAUGCCCCACAAGAUGAGCGCAGGAGCUGCCGAGGUGGCACAGGAGGUGACGCCCUCCCUGGAGAUAUCCAAGGUGUCGAAGGGAGUGAAGUCCUCCACAUUGGCAAAGGCAGGACAUCUCGAUGAAGGGCGAAGGCCAGCUAAGAGGGGCACCUCACUGGACCGCAAGGCAGCGAAAGAAGGAGGCGGAGGCAAAAAGGGAUGCGAAGGUGAACCGCCUCAGAGCAGUGCCUCCGACCAGCAAGGGGAUAUAGCACCCCACUUGCACGACAUCCAGCGAGUGUCUACAGGAAGUCCCACUCUGGUGAACGAAGGCGACACCCCUAGUGGCGAAGAAACCUCACAGUCAUCCAACGAUGACUGCGCGAAUUGUGCCGAGUUGCAACAGGAGUUCCUGGCACACAAGGACAGGAUGGAAGUCCAAUUUCAGGAGAGGAUGGCGGACCUCAACACCAUCAAGGCAGAGAUCACAGCGGCGCUCCAGCGAAUCAACCCGCCAUCCACAUUUCAAGGAAAUGCCCGGAGCAUUCACAAAGAGGUCAAGUUGGCAAUGGAGGAGUUUCGCAGGCCGGUCACCAUCGAGCUUCAGGAGAGCGUGAAGUUGGCAGUGGCGGACCUCGUCGCCAAGCGACAUUGCCUGCCAGAGAAGGUCAACAGGUUGGAGCAAGGCACGAACCAGACAGUGAGCCAAGCGGAUGUCGAGAAGCUGCAGGGUGAAUUGGCUGACCUCCAUCAUUCGAUGGAGCUCCAGGCAGCGUGGUCAGACAGCAUGGAGAAGGAGCUCAGGUCUUCGGCGGCAGAGGCGAUCGCUCAAGCGAGCAAGCUGGAGAUGGAAUUGGCGCUCGCCAAAGAGGAUUCGAUGGCGGUGGCAACGUCCGCUUUGGAUGAAGUGAAGAAGGUGGGGAAGGAGGUGGCGAUGGCGAGAGAGGAAACCUCGCUGGUGGCGAAGUCUCUGGAUGCAUUCCGAGAGAAGGUUGACUCUGCCAUGGUCUUCACCGCCUUUCGCCCAGAUAGCCACAAUGUGUAG